GAUUCCUGUCACAAUACAUUGUGCGAGCAAAUUUGUGGUAAAAAAUAUGGCCAGCAAGCAAUUGGUAAACAAAUUGGCCAAACUCGGCCGUCCCUGCCAGAAUUGGAUGUCCCCAUUGGCCGCCGUCCGCCAGUCCAGCAGUUGCAGCGACAUCGAGAAGGUCACACACACCGGUCAAGUGUUCGAUAAGGACGACUACCGCAAUGCCCGAUUCGUGAAUGCCAAGCGGUAUGUGAACGAGAACUGGGGCAUCCAGCUCAUCGAGGAGGUGCCGCCCAAGGAAUGCACCGAGCGCGUUGUCUUCUGCGACGGAGGCGAUGGUCCCCUGGGUCAUCCCAAGGUGUACAUCAACCUGGACAAACCCGGCAAUCACAUCUGCGGCUACUGCGGCCUGCGCUUCGUCAAGAAAGACGACCAUCAUCAUUGAGGAUUCGGAAUCCAUGAUGGCCCAUAGCCAAUAGCUUGCUAAGCAUCUUGAAAACCUGUCUAUCCUGUUGCUCUAGUUUAAACCCAACUAAACUGAAUAAAACUAUCAAACAAAAGGGCUA